AUGCUUCGUUCGUCUCUUCCUCGUUUCAUUCUGCGUAAAUUUGAGUCCCAUUUGCCGACCGUCGCGGAGUCAGCGUUUGUGGCGCCGUCGGCUGACGUGAUCGGGAACGUGAAGCUUGGCGAAAAUUCCUCGGUCUGGUACAAUUGCGUGCUUCGCGGCGACGUGAACUUCAUCGAAAUUGGGAAAAAUUCUAACGUGCAAGAUGGCACCGUGAUCCACGUGCGGUCGGAUUCCCUGGGUGGGAACAAGCCAAAUCCCACGAUCAUUGGCGACAACGUGACCAUCGGCCACAGUUGCCUUAUCCACGCGUGCACGCUGGAAAGCAACAGUUUAUCCAGGAAAAAAAGAUUGUAGGUGUAACUUUCUUGGAGGAUUAGCAUGACAAAUAUCUCUCACAUGACACCAAAAACCUGUCAUGCGCAGAUAGUACGGGAAAACGCCGCUGAAUGGACCCUACAAUGCAGGCACAGCAUGACAGGCUCAAUCAGUUUGCAUGUUCCGCAUCACAAAUUUACACUAACAACCUUUUUUUUCUUCAAUACAGCUUUGUCGGAAUGCAGUCCUGUGUGAUGGAUUUUGCGCGCAUCGAGUCCAACGGGUACCUCGGCGCGGGGUCCUUACUCCUCAGCGGCAAAGUGAUACCAGCGAAUGAACUAUCCUGAGUAAAAAUGUCCCCACACCAGAGUUGUCAUGCAGAUUUGCGAUUAGAGGAACGGAAGAUUUGUAAUGCGCAUCUCCAUGAGAGGCAUUUCCAGUCUCGUUUUGGAAUUUGUAAUGCUGUAAACGGGAUCAGAAGAUGGAUUUGUGAUGCGGCUGCACUUGCUAAACUGCACUACACUACGGACUGCAAUUUGCCAUGCGUGGCUCCCAAAGCUUCUGGGUCUGUGUUGCUAAGUUCCCAACUUGACUAUGGGGUGGGGACGUUUUUACAUAUGAUAUCAACUGUGGGCCGGGCGGCCGGCAAAGUUUGUGCGGGAGCUGAAGCCAGAGGAGGUGGAGUUCAUUCAGAAAAGCGCUCGGGAGUAUUAUGACAGGUGUGCACAACUCCCCCUCCCCCUCAUUUGUCAUGCAAAACCCCAAAUCCAAGUGCGUCCCUGUUGCACUAUUUGCAUAACAGAUUUUUCCGGAAGGCCAAACAGUACUACACUAGGCGCAUGAAUUUGUCAUGCACAGGCUCCACCUGUGGUGGUGUUUGUAUUGCUGUUCAUGCCAUACACAUGAGGGGGAGGGGGGGUUGUGCGCUCUCAUAAGUAUGCGAAAUUUGGCAGCAGACACAAAGUGUCGGUGGAAAGUGAAUGACAAGCUUCUACAAUUUUUUCGCGAAGAAGCUGUAAGAAAAAGUGUAAUCGAAUUUAUACGAAAAGUUAAAGUAGAACACGACUCGUACUGAAGAUGUUGACACGAUGAAACCACGCUCUGUAGAGUUCUACGAGAAUAUUGAUGCCGUGCGUCGACAAGAAAAGGAUCAAGAUAGUCUUCACGAUUGUCCUAUUAGACUGUUCGAACCCGGCACUUCGAUCAU